AUGGCGGACUUUGAUCACAGUUUCGCACUUGACGAAAAUGUCAAUCCGUCUCCUGAGGCUGCUGCUGGCUCUCCAAAGGCCAGGGUGGUAGACUAA